CACCUGGACACCUGGACCCUGGGACCUGUGCUGUACUCCGUGUGGCCUAAAUAGUCAUACCUACAGUAAAGAUCUUCCCCCCAGUCGCUUCUCUCAUUAUUCUCGAACUUCCAUUUCUACCCGCUCCAACCCACACUCUUCUUCCUACCACUCUUCUUGUUCCUUACAGCGUCUUCCAUCAGCAUCUUCUUCGCCAGAAGUCGUCACAUUCACCAUGGCUGAUCCUGACCCGUAACCCCCGAUAUCCUUGAUCCUCCUUCUUUUCGUUCCUUGUUCAACUCGUUUUCGGCGUCUGGCGGUCUUCUUAAUUCGAAAUUUUCCCCGACGUUACUUUCCACUUCCCAUUCCGCCAUCACCUCCCAUCAUCUCCGCCUCGCACCCUGCGCCGCCAACACCUUCUACUGGGCUAGAUAUAUGUGACAACAACGGCUCUCCCCUGUUGAGAGACUAUAUCCCGGCUACUCCGACAUCGAGAGCCACCUCUACACGUCGAUCGCUCGCUGAUUCCGCCUAUACCAUUCUGGUCUGUCCCUCCGGCCACUUUCGCCCCCCGCUCGACCGACCGAUACGCCAGCGACAUAUCUCAAGGCAGUACAGCACAGAGAAGGUUGCACUCUCUUCAAUAUGCUCAUCAACGGAGAGAAAUUCGCCUGCGAGGCCUGCGUGAGGGGCCAUCGGGUCAGUUCCUGUCACCAUCAGGAUCGUCCCCUUGUCCAUGUGAACAAGAAAGGCCGACCCGUCUCACAAUGUCAACACUGCCGAGGCCUGCGCAAGGCCCGCGCUCAGCAUGUCAAAUGUGAAUGCCAUGACAAGGCGCACGUGAAAGAGGAGUGUCCACAUGAAAAUCCUAGUAGUGCGAAGACCGAAACAAACACCUGCUGUUGCCAACAUGGCCAGCGCUGUACUUGUUCCUUGAAAAAGGAUCUCGACACUGUCCCCGAGGACAUCUCCCACCUGAUGCAUGCGAAAGAAAGCCCUAAGCCUCGUCCGAACCACAACUCCCAUGAUCCAAAAACGACCAUCUUCACCAACGGUCACCAUAAGCCAGUGCACAAAUUCAACGAUGCUCACAACCAGCUUGGGGCUCCUUACAAGAUUCCCUCGCGAUCGAAUUCCCUUCAUGGGCACCGGGAGAUCGCCCAACGAUCGACGGACAAUCUCUUGCUCACUAAGUCUACGAGACCUCAUCAAGAGUCACCGUUACACCAUUCCGUCACCGAUGCGAUGGCUAUGAUGGACCGCAGGGCAAGGUCGGAGCACAAUUCGCCGAUACUUGGUCCUCAAAAAUACUCUCACACUCCGUUACAAGACCUCAACCUUCCCCAUUUCGAUCCCUCUGCCUAUUCUUAUUCGCCGUUUGGGACCGACACCCCUCCGACACAGACCAACAGUCUGCAAAACAGUCAGAAUCCAAGUCAGUCCGACCUGACUUUGCCAGAACAAUUUCCCGAGAGCUGGUUCAUGACAUACGAACAAGCACAUGAGUACGAUCCGCCAAAGUACAGCGACAUAGCCUCGGUUGACUGGUCAACGUUCAACCUCGACAAUACUGGCAAUAUGAACAACAUGAGCAACAACGCCAACAACAAUUUCUACAAUGCAGGUUCAUUUGAUACUUACAAUCAGCCGCAACAAUCAAACUAUCAGGCUUUCGAAUUGGCGAAACAGAUCAACCAGGUUGGCUUGAACUCUUCAAAUGGGGAUGUGUCAGAGGUUGAGGAUCAGUCCCCACCAUCAAGUCGCUGGACCAGUGACCAAAAAUCGGUGUCGGUUGACGCAAAACCAAAUCCAGAAACAUUCAAUGAUUUCAGUAGUGCUGGAGGAGACGAUGCCUCCGACAGAUACCGGUUGUCUUCGGCGUCCUCGUACUAUGGCACACCCCAAGCCAACAUGUUGGCUACUGAAAAUCUCGGAGGUCUUGAUAUUGAUGACUAUCUUAAACGAGCUGAAGCAGAGACAAGGCGAAUACAGAGCAUCCAGAUGCAGAAACAAAUGGCGCAGAUGCAGAUGGCAUCUCCCGACCCAUCUCAAACACAGUCACGAAUGUCCAGUGUAAGUCGAGGUAUUACCCCGAGCGUAUCGACACCAGGAAGUGCCGGAAACGGUGAACAUCCCUAUACAAUACGAGAAGCACAGAUGUACGCACACAUGGAAAAUCUUCCUACGGGGAAUAUGACUCAGCAAAAACCUCCUAUGCCUGCCACCAGCAUUGCUCAAGAUCCGUCGUGGUCAGUAGCUCCAGACAUGUCGAAUCCCGAAUUGUCCUUGGACGGCGAUGAACGAGAGGAUGAGGACUGGGUUCGGUAAUCGAGUCUCCCUCGCCUUACCCUCCAAGUCCCGAGCAGCCACAUUGCGCACAGCAAUCACUCUUUUUUUUUAACGAGUUAUGAUGAUGCACAUACGUUAUAUAUUUAAGAUACCAGUAUCCCGGCUUUUCGAUGCAGAGGAUGAUCGAUAUUAAGCAAAAGGGAUGGGGGAGUUGGGGAGCAUACGAACAGCAGAUGCCGUCUCUCUCUCUCGCAAGAAAGAUGAGAUGGAGGACCGGGAUUUCAUUAUUUGCUGGAAGAUUGAUUUUGUGGCGCAAGGGGUUUCAUAUGAGCAGUGCUAAGACUUUUCCACUUGUUCUGUGCAGUCAAAAGAAAUCUGGAGGGCCGAGGUCAUUUUCACGAUCAAAAUUCAUUCGUUCAUUAGCGGUCUGUGUGUUAUACGAAUCGAGUUACUUGAUGCAGUGGCAGUGGGAUCCGGUUUGGAUUCUACAGCAAUGACACGAUGGGAACAAGAGUGCCUAGGCAACUUUCAUGGUCUGCUAUACAUUCUUUAAUGUUGAGAUUAGGCCCAUCAUGUCUAUCGAGUUUGUCUUGACGGAUCCGCGUCUGCUCUGAAAGGAACAAGAUGGCAUUCUCGAUGCUGAAUGGACGAUGGUAGAUGCAUAUAGACAAUCUUUAUGUUUUGUGUUUUGAGAAA